AUGAAAGGAUCACCGGGAGCGGCGCUGUGGAUGGAGCAGUGGAGGCGGCGACAGGGAGUGGCGAAAGGACUGGGCGUUCCAGGCGUUGCUGGUUUCAAAGCUAAGGUGGUAAGGCAAGGGCUGGGAUCAGAGCAAGCUCAUGGAGAAGUUGGUCGAUGCGAUCGAUUAUCUCAACUUUACGGGUGCGACGACAAGGACGACGACGAAUUAACGGACGCCGAAGAUGACUAUGCGCACGAUGCAGGCAACGAUCUCAUCUACAGUCCCCUUGUUGAAGACCAGUAUUACGAAGCUGCAGAGGCUCCCGAGCCAGUCGUAGAAGAGGGUAAUGCGGCUGCUGAAGACGAGGGAGGUCGUGAACCAGUGGCAGUGCAAAGGGACGGUGGAGAAGAGGGAGUCCCGAAAGCAGGUGCAGAGGAAGCGGACGAUGAGGAGACAGAGUCGGAGUAUGGGGACCCGAUUCUGAACGAAGGUGAACGUUUGGGAGACGAAGGGGAUGGUGAAGAGGAGGAGGCCGAGUUCAUGGACGCAAGCGAGGGAGACGACGACGAUGCCAGUUCGGAUGUCGAGGACGAUGAAGAGACGGAGACCGAUUUUAGCGACGCCAGUGACGAAGACAUGGAGGAGGGGGAAAGCGACGAGGAGGGUCAGGGGGAGUCCGAAAAGAUUGACCCCGACAACCCAGACGAAGUUGGCAGGUACAUGGGCGACGACGCGAAACUCUCGUGGGAAUCGGUGGAUGACUCCGUGCAGCAUCUGCACGGACCCCGGGUUAUCGGGUGGAGGAUUAUCCGCUACCUCGAGUACUUGUUCCAUGAAACACCUGAACAAGCACGUACCCUCAAGGGAGAUGCGUCUAUCGUUGCAGGGAGGGAGCCCAAGCCCAGCACCCCAAAGAUGAUUAAGGCAAAGAUGAACGCUAUCGGCUGCCUCGGCAGAUGCGAGUCUGCGCUGUACGACUACCCACUUACCAAGAUGCAAGACAAAGUCGCGGAGGGCAGGACGUUUAUGAGAGUGAAGCUGGUCAACCUCAACGAGGAGCAGAUUCGAACCGGCGCGGAUCAGCACCGUGGGUCUCUCGACGAUUGCUACAACGCAGACCAGUACAAGGAGCUGCAUCACAACAUUCUUCCCGCAGAGACUUUUAAGAUCCACGCGAGGAGCAAGGAUUUCCCAUCUCAGGCGCUGUGGAGGGUCCUCGCCGUCAAGGUCAUGAUUCAGCUCGUGCACCAGGUCCUGGGGAGGGGUGUCUCCAUUCGGAAAAUCCGAUUCGCCAACAUGUUCAUCCGCAUGUGCCGCAGCAGCACCCGCGUAAAAGGGAAGAUGGACCUUCCCGUGCUCGUCAUCGCCUCGAGGAAAACAAAGACCAAUCUUUCGAAUAACCUGACACAUCAGUAUCUGGCAAGGCACAUCGACUGGCAGCUCUGCAGUGUUGGGGGGUUUUUUUUGUGGAUUCAUUGGCUCUACGAUCUCGUUCCGAUGAGAUACGGGAAAAACGUUUUGCCUCGUCUCAACUUUCGGAAGCCACGUAGGUGGACCAAGAAGCACCUGUUCUUUGGCAUGAGGAAGCCGAAGGACCCUGGUCCGCAGAGUCAAGACGAGAUGAAGUACGAGACUCACAACAACUGGAUCCGCUGGGUCAUGAAACAGGCAAAGUGGAUGUUCAGCAAGGUGACCCACAUUUUCCGAAGAUCGGGGGCACAGGGGCUGAGCGACGACCGUUGCCCCGAUAAUGACAUUGGCGCUCUGGGUGGGUGGGAGCAGGGAGAGAUGCGGAAGGCGUACAUGAUUGGAAUUCCGUUUCAUCCGAUGCUUAUGAUGGCUGGAUUCACCGGAGCUGCGGGAGAUUACUACAUCGGCAGGGCACACGCUGUUCGCCCAGACCCAGAGAAAUGGAAGCGGUUGAAGAAGCUUUUCAGAAAGCACAUUUUCUGCUGGGCCAAGAGGCAGCUGAAAAAGAAUGCUAUCUACCGUAUCGAGGGUGAGCACGAGCAAGCGAAGCUGCAUGCAGAGAUCCAUUCCUUGCGGGAGGAGAAUGGUCGGAAGGACGUCCGCAACGCCGAGCUUCAGGCCCAAAUGCGUGACCUGCAGAGCGACAACAAGAGGCUCCAGGAGGAGCUGGCGCAACUCAAGGCCGAGUUGGCCGCUCUCACGGUUUCAUCCGCGGGCAAUGUUGGCGCCGACAACUCUGCUGCUGGCCCAUCGGCCCCUGAGCCAUCCACACCUACACCAGAGAUCGUUUACUUCGACAGUGUUGUGCGGCCUUGGUGUGAUAGCACGACAGUUGCGGAGGUAUGGGUGCUGUGGAACAAGUCUAGCUUCCUUGUCGAAGGCCGAACACUGCGUGCUGUUGCAGAGGAUGCAGGCUUCAUCGUUAAAUGGGCACAUUUCAAGAGGGGAGAGGAAAGCAAGGAAGAGAAAGGCAAGUUCAAACCCACCGUGCGCCUGGAUGCCAAAGAUGGCACUUGUGAAAGGCAGCUGGGUCGCAUCCACAAGGCUAUGUUAGCGGUGGAAAAGUUCAGGGUGGACGACUCGGUGGAGGCGACGACCAAUACCGUGAACGUGCUCGAUGAGGUGCUGUUCCAGACAUCUCCCUCGGUUUUCGCAGACGGGCUAAUCGUCAAGGAGAAGAGGGGCACGAAGAGGCAGCGAACAUCGACGGUUGGGGGGAAAAGCCUCACGGACGAUGCGCAAGAGAGGGUUUCGUACCUUCUCGUGCUGAAUGGUCUGCGCGACGACACGUGGCGGGAAGAACUCUUCGGCAAAGACCAGUGGAUGACGAUCAAGGACGUAGAGUCUCAAAAGCCUUUGAAGAAAAGGCCUGGCGCGUGA